CUGUCCCCCUUCUCCUCGGCGCCUCGGCCGCGCUUUUACAAAGGCGCCCCGCGCCCCUUCCUUGCUCCCCUUCUCCUCGGCGCCUUACUUCGCCUUCUCCUCGGCGCCUCGGCCGACGCAUUAGCAAAGGCGCCCGGCCGACGUUUUUACGAAGGCGCCCCGCGCCCCUUCCCUGCUCCCCUUCUCCUCGGCGCCUCGGUCGACGUUUUAGCAAAGGCGCCCCUCCCCCCUUCUCACCGGCGCUUCCUAUCUUCCUGCGACGACGGCGUCUCCUCGAUAGUAUGCUUCUUUCAAAAGCACCGCUCUGCUUACUCGCGCCCUGACACUUUGUUUGCUCGCAGGUUCCAAUUUCAAGGCGUCAGAGGCGCCUAUCACAGCACAGUCACGGGAGGCAACGGUUUUCUACCCGCGCGUUAUCGGCUUAGGCGUUGUACACGCUUCUCUUCCAAGGUUGACUUCGCUGCUUACCACUCACUCAUGGCCUCCAACAAUUCUCAACCUUCUGCGUCUGCGAGAGGCGCCUCUGCCUCUAAGAAAGGAAAAGAGAAGGCGUCCUCAAGUAAAGUUAGGAAGAUGGUGGAUCGAACAGUGUAUAGACGAUCCAAAUGGAGACUCGCCGAGAUUGCUAGUGACAUCGAGGAUGAUCAAUCAUAUACCCGUCAGGAGGUGCUUACUGAAGAUGAUACGUCAAGUGCGGACCCCGACCCUCGCCCGUCUUCUUCUCGGACGGUUACCGAUUCAGGCUAUACGAUUUUGCCAUGGCGGGGGAUGUGGGGUGGUGAGGCGCCUCCCUCUUCGGCGCGCCUACUGGGUCCUGACAAGCGACCCAGCAUUCAACUUCAUCGCGUUAUAUCCUAUAUCCGCGGCCUAGAUUUUGACUACUCGAGCCUAGCGAAGAUGACUAAGAAGAAUCCUGGGGCCUCCGGAGCUAGGGCACAGAAGGCGCCCAGCAUCCCUGCCGAGCGAACUCCCCGUUCAUCUGGCAAGGCGUUUGACGACGUCGAGGAGGCAGAAGAAUUAGGCAAGCGCCAUGCCUCGGCCGACUCUCCCGUUGUGGUUCCGAAGAAGAAGAACAAGCCAAGUCUUGGGAGUAUUGAUGAGAUUUUGGCACCUCCUCGCUCGCGACGUGCCGUAAAGCCGAAGGAGCCUGUUCCAAUCUCUCCGUCUGCUGCCCUCAAUGCUCCAAGCGCUUUUACUUCGGCCUUGGAGUUGAAGAAGUUCCUUAAGGUUCCCCUUGACGAGGGUACCUCUCCUGCAGGCUCGGCGUGUCAGCACUUGUUCCAGGCUUCUCAGUUGAAAACUGACAAGAUCACCCUCCAAGGUGUUAACUCUCGUCUGGAGGAUGAGUUGGCAUCGGUGAAGCGGCAGCUUUCGGACGCCUUGGCUGCUGAGAGUGUUUCUGCUCGUGAAGAGAAGGAGAAGGAGAUAGCAUUCCAGGCGAAGCGGAUUGAUACCUUGGAGAAGGAGCUGUUGGCGAUGUCUGCCGCUAGGGGUCACCAGAAGGAGGAAUUUAAGAAGAGACUGAUCAAGGAGCGUGAAGAUGCCGUAGACGCCCACUUGUCAUCAGCGGAAUUUCGUGAGUGGCAGCAGAACCUUCUGCUCGGAGUGAAGAAGAGGGCUUUCAUCGGCAUUCGUAAGAAAGUCCGCUCCGAUAAUCCUGACAUGAAGUGGGAUACUCCGGAGGUCUGGCAGGCUAUGGAUGAUUACUUCCUCUCCCUUGGUACGGAUAACGAGCCUUCUGACUCGGACCCGUACCCCUUGGAUGAGGGUGACUCUUCUGCCGAUGAUGUGGAGGUUGACGUCGAGAAGGUUGGGGAAGAGGGAGUGGGUGACAACGUUGAUGCCAAUGCUGGUGCCGGGGAAGGUGGUGGGGGUGUGGUUGCUGUCGAUGGUCAGGGUGGCGCCUCGGAUGGUGGUACCGAUGGUGAUUCUAGCUCGUCCGACAAUCACUCGAGCAAGUCGGACUAGUAGAAUUGGGACGUUUUUUCUUUUCUUUGUUCGUUUGGACUUAGUCAAUUUUAUGUUAUCUUCUGCUCAUUUCUCCCUUGCAUGUCUGUGGAUGUUUAGCCUUUGGGCUGUUAUUUUGAACAGUGUUAUCGGCAAGUUCUCCGUUUUCUUGGACCUAUUGUGAAUGUUGUUUUAGUCCCG